AUGCUUUCCGGUCGAGUGUUAAUUGGGCAAGGAGAGCAAAACCCGGAACCCGAUUUCGUGAAACGGGUCCCGAACAUGGACCCGUUAGCUUUUUGAAUCCAUUCACCCGACAUGGUGUGUCAAAUACCACAAUAGCUCGAGCAUGUGGUGGGGAUGAAGUCGCCCGACCGUCGCAGAUAACGGCGAACGCAGCUGCCGAACUACGAAGCGCGGGUACUUGUUUAUCUCCGUUCCUUUCCGUGGAAACCAUUGCGCGAUUCCAACCAUGUCGUGUUCCUCUGCGUCUCUACUCGUAGCUCCUCUCCUUCUUCCCCACCAUUCCAAGAAGCUAAUUCUCCCACGUCGACGAGCCAGAGCUGCCAUCACUUCCUCUCUACGCCUCGGAGUGGAAGACCUCGCCGAGCUGGCCCACAACAAGGUGCUGGUGGCUGCUGCUAUUUCCGGCGCUGUUGGGCAGCUCUCGAAGCCGCUGACGUCGGCGAUCCGAACUGGGAAGGGCAUCGACCUCUGGGCGGCGGUGAGUGCGGGUGGCAUGCCGUCCACACAUUCCGCGGCUGUUGCUGCUGCGGCAACUUCGCUUGGCCUAGAGAGGGGAUUCUCGGACUCAAUUUUUGGCAUGUCUGUGGUCUUUGCUUUUCUCGUCAUGUAUGAUGCGCAGGGUGUCAGAAGGGAGGUGGGCUCUCAUGCUAAGAUUCUUAAUAAGAUACUAAGUUCCCAAGAAGAGGACGAUGUGCAAAGUCCUAGUUCUCGAAGUUCCUCGGUGAAUUGUGAGAAGAUGUCUCCGUUUGCCUCCAUUUCAGAGAAGGCAGAGUCGUACGGACAAAAUUCAGAAUCUUAUUCAUUUCUCAGACCGGGGAUUACAUCCACCAAAGUAGACAUGCCAAGCCCAAAAGUUAAUUUUAAAGUGCCAUUACUGAAGAAGUAUAGCAAUUACCCUCUAUUGAAUGAAUCGGUUGGUCAUACAGAGGUUCAGGUUCUGGUUGGUGCCAUAUUGGGUCUUAUUGUGAGUGUAGCAGUCGAUGUAAUUUUGUAAUCCUAUUAGGUAGUAUCUCGACAACAAAAGUCAACUACCAUAUUUGAGUCAUACAGUUACUCACUUGUUCUUCAAGAGUCAACUACCGUAUUCUAUCCAAGUCAUAUCUGUUAUACUUCAA